AUGUUAUCAAAAGGAUAUCAACGUCAUCAUGCGCUCUUAAAAACAUCAAAAUUCUCAGAUCAAUCAAAACAAUCAACUUCAGGUACUUUAUCACCUGAUACAAUAGCCACAACAUCAAGUGGCUAUUCAACAGGUGAUUCAUCGAUUUCGACAACUAUGAUUUCAACAUCGAAAAAAUCAUCAUCUUCAAUAACCUCUAAUCAACAUAAAACAAAAUCAAAGGGUUUUCUUAAUUUUAUAAAUAAAUUAAAAAAUUUUAUAAUUCCAUCGAAAAAUAAACUUGUACAUUCAACAACAUCAAAAGAAAUGCCACCAACAAAUACAUUUGAUCAAUAUUCAACAUCGUACGAUAUUCCAUCAUCAACAAUAACAACCAAUAAUACAACAUCCAUUCCAUUUACAUAUUAUCAUCAUUCACCAAUAAAAUCUAAAUAUUAUACUCAACAAAAUCAUGUAUCUUAUGUAACUAAAGCAACUAAUUUUGAAAAAAUUUCUGCAUGGCUUGAUCAUACAGAAAUGAUGAAACAUGACCGACCAUAUUUUGAUGAGUUAUUGUUUAUUGAUGAAAUGCAAGAACAAUCAAUAUCACCAUCUCCUAUUGAAAUCGAUUAUCAAAUAAUCAUGAAAAAGAUUUCAUCAUCUAUUAAAACACCUAAACGAAGUACAUCGUUGGUUGCUACAUUAAAUCGACCAGUAAUUGAAAAAAAACAAUAUGACAGAGCAGUUUCUCCUACAGCAUCAUUCACAUCAUCGAUUCUUACAAAAGGAAUGUUUGAAAGAAUGACACCACAAAAACCUUCUCAUCAAUCUCGUACAAAUCUCACAGAUGAACAAACAACCAAUUUAUUAGUAAAACCAAAUCGUCGUCGUGCAAUUGAUUUUUCACGACGUCGAACUGUUGCUAGUUUAACUGAACAACAUUAUAUUAAUAAUCAUAAUAACAAUAAUAAUAAUGAUAAAGAAAAUGUUCCAAUCAAUCAUCGACAACAAAUCUACCGGUUUUCUCCUUCAACAUCUACUAAUAUUCCAACAAAAAAAUAUUAUUUUCAUCCAAAACCAUCUGUAAAAAAUGAAGAUAUAUUAAUGAAUUCAUAUGGAUUAACACUUCUUCAACAACAACAACCUAUACAGCAACGACAAUCUCUAUCUUCUAUUGUAAUGACACCGAAAAUUCCUGACAAUUCUUCAAUAAAUUCAUUACAUAAACAACAAAAUCGUCGAUCAUCUAUUCAAUUACCCCAACAACAAUAUUCAUCUGAUUCAUUGGAUGAUUUACUUUGUGAUCGUGAAGUAGAAAGUUAUUUUUAUCCACAUAGACGACAAUCUCCUACUUCUGUUCCGCAACAUGUUUAUAUUAAUUUAGAAACGCCAUCCAAUUAUUAUCCACCACCACCACCUUAUAUUCAUGGUACACUGUGUUGA